AUGAGCCGACCGGUUGACCGUUUUACCAGGAAGAAGGUCGCCAUUGUCGGCAGCGGGUGCACUGGUAUCGCAGCGCUUUGGGCUCUCAAUAGGACGUACCAUGAUGUCUACCUCUACGAGGCUGCCGACCGCCUGGGCGGUCACACCAACACGGUCCAGUGGAAGUCGGGCAAGUACACGACUGCUGUCGACACGGGCUUCAUAGUCUUGAACACGGCGACAUAUCCCAACUUCCUCAACUUCCUCAACAAGAUCAAUGUCCCCACAGAGAGGACGGAGAUGACAUUCGGUGUCUCCCGGGACCAGGGACUUUUCGAAUGGGCGGGCACCAGCCUGGGCGCCGUCUUUUGCCAGAGGCGAAACUUCUUCUCCCCGCGCAUGUGGAGGAUGGUGUUUGACAUCGUGCGCUUCAACCAAUUCGCCCUAGACCUGCUCAUGCACGAUGACGAGGACCAACCCCGGCCCGACGACACCAUGCUCAACUCUGUCUCUCCAACGGAGACGAUUGGAGAGUACUUGGAUCGGGAAGGCUACUCUGAAGCUUUCCGAGAUGAUUACCUGAUUCCGAUGACGGCUGCCGUCUGGAGCACAAGUCCCGACAAGUGCUCUCUGCAGUUUCCAGCUGUGACGCUGGUCCGGUUCUUAUGGAACCAUCACCUUCUGUCUACCGUUGCCGCUCGCCCCGACUGGCUCACCCUUAAGAACGGUUCUCAGUCCUACAUUGACGCCGUGAUGAAGGGCUUCCCACCGAACCACCUCUUCCUCAACACCCCUGUACGACACGUGUCCAACGAUGCGAGUGGCCACGUCUUGCUUCAUCUCGAGAGCGGCAAGACGGAAGUAUUCGACCACGUCAUCCUCGCUACUCACGGCGACCAGGCACUUUCCAUAAUCGCGCCCUCAGCAACGGAACAGGAGCGUUCAAUUUUGUCGUGCUUCCAGACGUCCCAGAAUGAAGUCUUUCUGCAUUCUGACCUGACGCUUAUGCCCCAGAGACGCAAGGCCUGGUCCAGCUGGAACUAUCUGACCCUCUCUUCACCGUCACGCGCGAACAUCGACCAAGUGUCCCUCACUUAUAACAUGAACAUACUGCAACACAUUCCGCAAGAGCCGUUCGGCGAUGUCUUGGUGACACUCAAUCCGUUGCAUCGGCCACGACCAGCUCAGACACAGGGUCGAUAUUUCUACUCUCACCCUCUAUAUACUCCCACUGCGAUUCGUGCCCAGAAGCUCUUGCGCAGCAUUCAGAAUAAGAGGGGCAUAAGCUACGCCGGCGCGUGGACCAAGUAUGGCUUUCACGAGGAUGGAUUCAGCAGUGGCCUAUUGGUUGCGCAGGAGCACCUCGGGGCAAAGCUGCCGUUUGAGUUCAAAGACUCGACGUACAGCCGAGGCAAGAGACCGAAGUUGGGGCUCGCGGACCUAUUUCUCAGGCUCGUUAUCCUUAUUAUCCAAGUUUUCGUUGUCCAGGUUGUGGAGAGGCUAUCGGGAUCCCGGAGGUCAAGGACUACGCCGAUCAUCAACGGGGUCAAGCCGAAGCGGAUGCAGGGUAAGCAAGCGUGA